AUGAACGUCGCACUUCUCCUCGACUCGCCCUCCGACGAGCAGCGCAGAAGGAAUGCGCCGCCAGCUCAGUCGAUUUCAGAACUCGAUAGCAGGUCCUCGAGGGUGCAGGGGCAACAGCAACAGCAGCAGCAGCAACAACAAGGAAGAGGGCAGGGAGGGGAUGGGGUAAGCACAUAUCGAGCAAGCACGCCACUUUACCCGUCGCCGAUUCCGAUGCAUAUGCAGCCUGCUGCGCAGGCUCCCAUCCCGCCCUCGCCACUGUCUGCGCGCCCGAUGCCAAACAUUCCUGCACCCUACUCUCUAUCCGACCCUUCUCCGAUGUACCAUCCCCCACCUCCUACCGGGCCCGCCCGCAUGUCGAGCAGCGGCAACACCACCCCGACGCACACCCAUGCGGCGGUAGCCUCGAGCCAUCUUCCACCCCCCGCCCAUCCUCAUGGUCAUUCACAAGCACAGUCCCCUGCCAUGGCGUCUCUUCGCCCCUUGGACCCUGUGCCUCUCACUUCGUCAUCAACGUCCGGAAUUCAGAACCAUUUUUCGGGGGCACUAGCCACUUCGGUUGCGUCCCCUCAUCACGGCACCCAGCCUGCUUCUGCUCACACGACAUCACGCGGUUAUGGAGAGACGCCCUUUCCCACGCACGUUUCGACAAUGGGCGUGGGAAUGUUGAAAGGCACUCCUCAUCCGCAACCGAUCAUGGACUCGAGCUCAAGCCAGCACUGGGAUCGCGACCGGGAGAGAGAGAGGGAAAGGGAUCGCGAGAGGGACCGCGCAGACAGAAGAAAACUGGCAGACACUGGGCGGUCUCGGUCGCGGCACGGAUCGUUCACAGAACCGGCACCACCGCUCGGCAGCCUCAAGUCCUCCGGCAUCAUGAAUCCUCCCCCACCACAUUCGUCCUCCGCUCCGUCGCAAUCCCAAUCUCAGUCCCAUCAUCUUCAGCCUCUUCCUCCACCACCACCACCUCACCAAUCCCUUCCCCAUAACUCACCGCAUCUGCUAAAUGCGUCUCAGCCCCCGCAUUCAGGGCAGUCACGGUCCCGACGCGGCUCGUUGUCUCAUAUAUCUAACCCCGUUGGCCACCCCGGGAGAGUGAACACGGCACCACCUCAAGCAGCUAUUGUUGGACCUGGUGUCAGGCCUGGCACUUCGGGUCCUGGGACGAGCCCUGGUAGUGGUAUUGGUCCGGGUGUUGGGUCGAAGCCACGUACACCACCGAUGGCCAGCUUACAGCAAAGCGGGCCCGUACAUGCACCGUUACUCGCCCCAAGUCCCUCGAAGAGCGACGAGAGCUUGAGCGGACGCAGAGAUAUGAUGGAAGAACCCCUUGGCCCUGGCGCGCUGAGAGAGAGAGACUUCAGGGAAAGAGACCGAGAAUUCCGAGACCGAGACAUGCGAGACUUUCGCGAAAGAGAUUAUAGAGACAGGGACAGGGAGUUGCGCGAGCGUGAGUGGGAGAGAGAGAGGGAACGCGAGCGGGAGCGGGAGAAGAGGGACAGGGAAAUGAGAGCACAACGGGACAGAGAGGAUAUGGAAAUUAUCCGCGCUGCUGCGUCGAACAGGAAGCAGCAGGAGCAGCAGUCCACCCAAGCAAGUGGACCGCAGCAAACGGAAUUGCUGGUGUUGAAACCCAAUGUUUCAACGGCAGACAGAGAUUACCGUGACCGUGACCGCGAACGAGAUCAACGCGAACGCGACAGAAAUCGUGAACGUGACCGAGAAAGAGAAAGAGACAUGCGUGAGAGGGAGCGCGAACGCGAAAGGGAGCGGGACCUCUGGGAUCGAGACAGGGAAAGAGCCUAUCGCGAGGACCGUGAACGCGAUCGGGACUACCAUGCUCAUCAGCCGCCGGCUCCCCCACAAGGCCAGCACCACCAACAUCUACCUCAUCAACCUCACUCACAUUCCCAUCCGCCUCACCACCACCCCGGCGGAUCUCUGCAUCACCCCUCACAUAAUUACCCCCAUUCCCAUGCCCACUCUACUCCAAUUACCCAGGUUCACCAAAUUCAACUCCCACGCACCCAGCCGCCACUUCCCCAGAACUUCCCACCUCAACAGCAGCAGCACACAUCUCACCCUCCAAGCCAUCAGGGUUCUCCGACCCACCCUCACCAAAUAUCAAGCCCGUAUAGCCAGCACCAACAGAGUCAGCAGAGUCCACCAUUGUUGGGGCAGUCACCUGGACAUCAUGUUGGAGCAACUAUUGGUCCUGGUAUUCCGCCGAACGGUCUCCCUACAAACGGUCCUCUAUCCUCUCUGCCGCCAAAUCCAAACUCCCAACAAUCAAAUUCUUCAGGCCCUCUUCAGUUCAAUUCACAUCAGUCUAACAUGACAUCAGGCGGGGCCCCACCCAUCCUUACAGGACCAGGCGGCGUAGGGCCGGGAAUAUCUGGACCAGGUGUUCCUCCCCCUGGUCCUCCAGCUCCUGCGAUGGUCGGCCCGGGUGUAGGGUAUGGUCACUCGCUUACACCGCCUACGUUGGGGGGUCCCGGUGUUGGUAUGCAUUCCGGACCACCUCCCGGGACCAUUGGUGAGCCCGUUGGCGGGCCAGGGGGAAGCAUGCAAGGAAUUCACCACCAUCACCUUCACCAUCCGCACCACUCUCAAGCCCUCGGGUCGGGAUCUGGAUCAGGCACGCCUGGUGGAAGGGAUGGCAUUCGAGAUGGUAUUGGUGCAACAGGCCGUGAUCUCUUGGUCGAUGGACGCGACAAUAUUAAAGGGUCCCGCCCCCCGGAGCGAGGAAUUGUCAUUAUUGGUGGGAAUCGAGGCGACCGCGACAGAGAACGAGACCGAGGGAGGAUGAACUUCGAGCUCGAGGGGGACAUAGAGAGAAACCAGAGAGAACGAGAGGCGAUGGACCGCGAGCGGGAUCGAAGGGAAAGGGAAGUAGUGGAACGCUCUCGCCCUGACAUCACACAUUUUGCUCUUGGGAAGGAUAUCAACGGCCCGCUGCCUUCUGGUGGCCGGGGUGAUUCAACGCUCGGUGGAGGACCAGGGGCUCAGCGACAGUUUCAAUCGCAAUUUCACACGUCGUUCGUUACAUCUGGGCCCAAUGGCGGCUCAAGGAUGUCAAGUCCCGUGCCUGGGUCUGUGAUGGACCAGGUGAAGAAGGGCGAUCGGGAACAUGAGAGGGACGGACCCAGGGAAGGAGCCAGUGAGAAGGAGAAAGAUGGACUUCGCGACACCAAGGAUAGACAAGCAGACGCGCUCAGCCGAGAUCGUGACCGAGAGAAGCGACGCAGUGGCGGGGAUAGCGGUCUACGCCCCCCCGCCACAGCCAAUGUCUUUCCCGGCGCUCCCUCCGGUCCUUUCCCAGGCUCUAAGCCAACAACUGCACCUGGCGCGACGGCGCCGAGUGGGAAGGGACAACGACAACUUCUAGAUAGAGUCUUGGCGAAGGGAAACGAAUCGCCCAUGGGUAGAGAAGGCUUUGGUGGAACGGGAAUGAUGGGCGGCGAGGAAGGGCCUCAACCAGUUUGGAACGGCUAUGCACCGCCGCCAAUGUUGCCGAGAGGCUCCUCAGACUAUGGCUAUGGGUCGUCAAUGCAUGGACCUUCUCUGGCUGCAGGAUUAGGUGGCAGACUUGCUCGCGAGAGUCUCCCAACAUGGCCAGAAAUAGAAGUCAAGGCGAGAACGAGCAUUCACCUCGGGACAUUCGUAUAUCCGAAGACGCCUUUCCCUUAUUCAUUCUGGGAGAAUGGGGACCUGGAAUUUGGCAGUCAAAUCAAGCCUCGCAACAUCGAAGCAAGAGACAAGUCUACAGAGAAGCCUGAGGAAACUGACGUCAAAGAUGAAGCUACCGAGACGGAGGCGGCUGAUGACAAGGACCUCCUCGACGUCGACAUCCAUGCAACGAUCAUCAUUCCACAUGGAUUCAUACCCCUCGAACGCCCAUCUCGACCUAAGAUCUGGGGCGGGGGCGUGCUCUUAGGUGGAACCAGGCGGAUAUACACGGAUGAUUCAAAUCUUUUCUUAUGCGCCUUGCACAGCGGCUGGGUUACGUGGAGCGGUGGUGCCGCAGCAAGGAAAGAAGGUCGUGAUUUGAAGGUCGAGGUCCGGAUAAUCAAGUCUGUCGGUGAGAGGGAACGAGUUGAAUACAAUGUCGAUACGGCGAGGUCGCGAGUAGCUUCUGCAAUGCCCGACACGACAAAGAAAGGGGUUGACUCGGCCGACGCAACAUCACUUCCUAGCAACGCUAAGAAUCGCGAUAUCUCGAGGGAAGAAGUUGUGGGCAGGUUUAUUGGCGGAAUUGGCGCUGCAUUCAAAGAGUUGAGAGGAGACGAUCAAGGACGGAGACGGAUAGUUAGCGGCGAAUCUAGGGACGAUGAUACUGUGGACGAAGAUGGUAUGGACGUCGAUGAUGCCGAUAACAAGGAAGACGACGGUAGAAGUUUGCAGAGCUCUGGAUGGGGAAGUGGACAUGACGGCAGUGCUAUAGAAAUCAUCAAGGCUGAGUUUACCACAAAGUCAACAGGUCGCUUAGCGCCCGGUCUGGGUCGCCGCAAUCGUGCCCAACGACUCUUUGAAUAUGCUGAACGGAGAAAUGCUGUCCUUGGCCUCGGUCAGCCACUUUGUUCAGGCAGUUCCUCCUGCGUACUAGGGCGUAAGCGCCGUCGCAGUUGGGAAGAAGGACUUGAAACAGAGCCAUACAGUUCCAGGCGCUUGCCCAAUGCCACAGUAUUGGAUCCGAUUGCUGAAGAAGAUGCCACUGGCCUUGGGGAUGUGCAGAUAAAAGCGACGUCAGAGGAUGCUUACCAUGAUAGUGAGUGUGAAGAAGAGAUUGAGAUGAACGCCAGGACUGUGUUAUUCGACUUCGCAGCAGGAGGGGAAAUCCAAGCUGGGUUCAAAUACGAUCCUGCAGGACUCAAAAGGGUUCUCUUCCCCCAGUCAGAUCGCAGCUACGCGUCUCGUCCAAGGAAGCGCCGCAAAGUUGACGAUCCCAGUAGUGGGCGAGAGGCUACCCCUAUGGAUGUUGAUGACAGUCCCCAACCCUCUACCUCUCUUACCCCCACUUAUCAGCCUCUAUGUGUGUUGCUCGAAACUGGAAGCAAGACAUAUACUCUAUCCUCGGUGACGCCGUCAUCGUCGGAUGAGCAGUCGUUCGUUCGGACGUACAGUGUUAACCUCAUGAAUAUUGAAGGCCCACAAAGUAAUCAUCCGGUUCGAGACCCACAUCCAGGAGGUUCAACUCCCAAGAAUGGUACCUCUGCAACCGCUCAAAAUGAAGACCUUGCUACCCCCACCCCCGAAGCCCCAUCAGCGCCUAGCGACCCAGCUUCCAGCCCACUGCCUGCUAUAUCACCGUCAUCAAGAGCGUCAUCCGCACCUCCACAACCACCCAUUGAUGAGCAUGCUCCAGAACCGUCUCCCGUCGCCGAUGCCACUGAGCCAGCUGUAGAGCUUGGCGCAUACGUUACAGCAAAGCUAAACCCUCAGGAUAAACCAACAACCGCUACUUUGUACAGCGGGUUGAGUGAAGCUAUGCUUCACUUCACUGCCGAGGGUAUCACAGUCCUUGAUGCCGAAGCUAUCGAGGUGUUGAAAAUACCGAUUUUGCGGUGGAAAUGUCUCAAAGUCGAGCCAGUCUCAUAA